GGGCGCCGGAGGAUGCAGUCUCCAUGGGGCUGCUGUGGUUUCUGUCUUUUCUCCAUUCCACCUUCUUUGGGGACGAGGCACUGGAGGAAUUAAAAAUGUCCGGGCCAGGCCCAACGGCUUCCUAUGAGCAGCUGGUGCGGCAGGUGGAGGCCCUGAGCCGGGAGAACACGCACCUGCGGAGAGAACUCCAGGAUAACUCCAGUCAUUUGUCAAAGUUGGAGAAUGAGACCUCUGAUAUGAAGGAGGUGCUGAAGCACCUUCAGGGGAAGUUGGAGCAAGAAGCCCGAGCGAUGGUAUCAUCUGGGCGGACUGAGUUAUUGGAGCAGCUGAAAGCCCUGCAGAUGGAUAUCACCAAUCUGUACAACCUCAAGUUUCAGCCCCCAGCUCUUGCUGCAGAACCAGGCAGCCAGAAUCGGAGCCGCAGCCGGAGCCCCGAGGGCAGCCCCCUGCACUGUGCUGCCCCUGCACCGGCUGUUCCAGGGCUGUCCAAGAAAAGAGAAGAAUCAGGAGAAUUGAGCAGGGCCACUGUCCGGCUGCUGGAGGAACUAGACAAAGAAAGGUGCUUCCUGCUGGCAGAGAUUGAGAAGGAAGAACAAGAGAAACUCUGGUAUUAUGGGCAGCUCCAAGGCUUGUCCCAGCGCCUAGAUGAGCUGCCUCGGUCGGAGACGUUUUCCAUGCAGACAGACCUGAUCCGGCAGCAGCUGGAGUUCGAAGCUCAGCACAUCCGAGCGCUGAUGGAAGAGCGAUUCGGGACCUCAGACGAGAUGGUGCAGAGGGCUCAGAUCCGAGCCUCUCGCCUGGAGCAGAUUGAGAAGGAGCUUUCGGAAGCACAAGCUCAGACCCAGACCCGGGAGCGAGCGCAGCAGCCACAGCCAGAGCACCAGACCCUGCUAGGGGCAAAGCCAACAGGGGCAGAGGGGGAUGGGGAGGCAGAAAUCCCCACACACCCAGAGGAUGGAACCACCCAACUCAGCAACAGCAAGGUGGAGGUGGUGUUCUGGCUACUGUCCAUGCUGGCCACGAGGGAUAAAGAGGACAUGGCACGGACCCUCCUGGCCAUGUCAAGCUCCCAGGAGAGCUGUGUGGCCAUGCGCCGCUCUGGCUGCCUGCCGCUCCUGCUGCAGAUCCUCCAUGAUGCUGACCGUGAGGCGGGCCCUGCCGAGGGGGCCAAGGAUGCCCGCAUGCGGGCCAACGCAGCCCUACACAACAUCAUCUUCUCCCAGCCUGAUGAGGGCCAGGCCAAGAAGGAGAUGCGAGUGCUGCAUGUGCUGGAGCAGAUCCGCUCUUACUCUGAGACCUGCUGGGACUGGCUUCGGAUGCAGGGCCAAGAUGGGGGCCAGGGCCCUGAGGGGGGUGCUGGGCCCGUACCUAUUGAGCCGCAGAUCUGCCAGGCCACAUGUGCAGUGAUGAAACUCUCUUUUGAUGAGGAAUACCGCCGGGCCAUGAAUGAACUUGGUGGGCUGCAGGCCGUGGCAGAGUUACUGCAGGUGGAUUAUGAGAUGCAUAAGAUGACCAAUGACCCUCUGAACCUAGCCCUGCGGAGAUACGCGGGCAUGGCCCUCACCAAUCUCACCUUUGGCGAUGUUGUCAACAAGGCCACACUGUGUGCCCGGCGGGGCUGUAUGCAGGCCAUUGUGGCCCAGUUGGCCUCAGACAGUGAGGAGCUCCACCAGGUGGUGUCCAGCAUCCUUCGAAACCUAUCCUGGAGGGCAGAUAUUAACAGCAAGAAGGUCCUACGGGAGGUGGGCAGUAUGACUGGACUCAUGCAGUGUGCCCUUCGAGCCACCAAGGAGUCCACACUGAAGAGUGUCCUCAGUGCCCUAUGGAACCUGUCGGCCCACAGCACAGAGAACAAGGCCGCCAUAUGCUUGGUGGAUGGAGCCUUGGGCUUCCUAGUCAGCACUCUCACCUAUAAGUGUCAGAGUAACUCACUAGCCAUCAUCGAGAGUGGAGGGGGCAUCCUCCGAAAUGUGUCCAGCCUCAUCGCGACCCGGGAGGACUACAGGCAGGUGCUCCGGGACCACAACUGCCUUCAGACGCUCCUCCAGCACCUGAGGUCCCACAGCCUGACCAUCGUGAGUAACGCCUGCGGGACCCUGUGGAACCUGUCAGCUCGUAGUCCCCGAGACCAGGAGCUUCUCUGGGACCUGGGCGCCGUGAGCAUGCUGCGGAACCUGAUCCACUCCAAGCACAAGAUGAUAGCGAUGGGCAGCGCCGCCGCCCUGCGCAACCUGCUCACCCACCGGCCCCUCAAAUACAAGGACACAGCGGCCGUCAUCUCCCCGGGCUCCUGCAUGCCCAGUCUCUACGUUCGCAAGCAGAAGGCCCUAGAGGCCGAGCUGGAUGCCAGGCACCUGGCCGAAGCUCUGGACACGAUGGAGAAGCAGAGCCUGAAGGGUCAGGUUGCCAAGAAGCCCCCGCUGCGCCACCUGGACAGUCUGGUCAAGGACUACGCCUCCGAUUCCGGCUGUUUUGACGACGAGGAUGUGCCCGCCCUAGCCCCCGGGGUGGAGGUGGGUAAUCCCUCCGUCCUCUCCAUGUUCCUCAACAGUCCCUACCUGCAGGGCCAAGCCUUGCCCCGCAUGUCGGCCCCACGCCGAGGCCUCGAAGCAGAGAAGGAGGAUGGCAGCAGCGGCAGAGGCAGUAUGGAUGCCAAGAAAGGGGUGAUGGAUGGGACGGCGGCGGCAGCCGAGAAACUGGCCACCAAACUCUCUGUGGCCGUGGCCAAGAUUGAUAAACUGGUGGAGGACAUCUCAGCCCUGCAUACCUCCUCGGAGGACAGCUUCAGCCUCAGCUCGGGUGACCACGGGCUGGACUGGCCCUCGGGGCCGGGGGAGAUCCGGGAGGCCAGGGCUCAGUCGUGCUCACCCUGCCGGCUGCCUGAGGCAGGGAGGAGGGAAGGGGUAGGGAGGGCCCACCCGCUCCUCAGGCUGAAGGCGGCUUACACCAGCCUGUCCAAUGACAGCUUGAACAGCAGCAGUACCAGUGAUGGCUACUGCCCCCGAGAACACAUGAAUCCCUCCCCAAGGGCCUCGUUUGCCGGCUACCGAGAGGAACUUCAGAGAUACCAGCAGCGCCCUAGCCGGCUGGACCUCAAGAACAUCGUGGCUACCCAGCCAGACAGGAGAGAGCCCCCAUCUCAGGAGUCCACUCUUGCCGCUGAUUCCCACGUGCACACCAUCAAACUCUCGCCCUCAUAUCAGCACGUGCCUCUGCUGGAGGGUAUGGCCAAGGUCGGUGCUGUUCCCUUUCCCAGCAACGGGGGCGGUCCAACAGCCAGGAAGCAGGCCUGGCUGCCCACAGGGACCCUGAAAGGCACUGAGGGCCUGAGCAGGAUCCCUGAGAAGCUGCCAGCCCCAGCCCCACCUGCUCCGGCAGCAGAAACCUUACAGAAGUAUUCCGUGGAGGACACACCCAUCUGCUUCUCCCGAUGCAGCUCCCUCUCCUCCCUCUCCUCAGCUGAGCAUGGCGUGGAUGGGAGAAGCCGCAGUGAAGACAAUGAGCUGGACAGCGACUCUUCCCUGGAGAUCCUGGAAGAGCCCGGGCCCGGGGAGGGAGAGGACGACGGGGUGGAGGAUUGGAGGCCCCGUGGGACUGCCUCCCUGCCUGUGGCCAUCCCCGCCCCACGGGGCGACCAGGCUUUCUUGUCCCAGGCCCAGGGGGAUGAGGGCGCCUCCCCCUCCCGACAAGAAGACAUGACACCCUCCAGCUCCUCCGAGAACUACAUCCAGGAGACCCCCCUCGUCAUGAGCCGCUGCAGCUCCGUCAGCUCCCUGGGCAGCUUUGAGAGCCCCUCCAUUGCCAGCUCGAUCCAGAGUGACCCCUGCAGUGAGAUGGUGAGUGGCACCGUGAGCCCCAGUGAGCUUCCCGACAGCCCAGGGCAGACCAUGCCCCCCAGCCGGAGCAAGACCCCCCUCCCAGAACGGGAGACCAGCCAGUUCAACUUGCAAUGGGAGAACAACGUCAAGAAGUUCAUGGACAUCACCGACUUCAAGGAGCGCUUCCAGCUGCCCCCAGACCUCGACAGCACCAUCUACUUCACCGUGGAGAAGCCGGACGAGAACUUCUCCUGCGCCUCCAGCCUCAGCGCGCUGCCCCUCCACGAGCACUACGUGCAGAAGGACGUGGAGCUCAAGCUCUUGCCCCCUUUCCCUGAGCGCGGAGGCGGACUUCACUUCGCGGGCCACGAAAAGCGGGAGGAGCCUGGGCGGGAGGAGCGGGCGGAAGGACCCCGCGGGAGCCGGCCCCGCCUGGAGACCCACUCCGAGGAUGACCUGGAGAUCCUGAAGGAAUGUAUCAGCUCGGCCAUGCCCUCUCGCUUCCGGAAGGUCAAGACAGCCCUAGUGCCGGGCUUGCCUGCAGGCAAGAAGGGACUGCAUGUGCCUGUCUACAUGCUGGUGCCUGCACAUGCCCAUGCCAGCAUGGCAGCCAGGGCCCCUCGGCCUUCCCGCAGCCCGUAUAAAGAUGAGGAUUCCUUCACGGACUCAGCCGAAGGCACACCAGUCAACUUCUCCAGCGCCACCUCACUCAGUGAUGAGACCCUUCAGUAUCCGCCCAAGGACAGCCAGGGGCAGCGGGCUGAGAGGAGGGAGCCCAUCUCUCGGCGGGUCACCUCCAGCCAUUCUACCCCAACCAAGAUGGUGGCUGCCUACAAGCACAGAGCAGGAGGGGCCUGCCUCCCAGUAUCAAGCAGGGGCAAUGAGCCCAUCCGAGGCUCUCUCAAGAACCUGCCCAACCUAGAACUGACCAUUAGCCGGCCCAGGAGUGCCCACUCUGAAAGGGAUAGCCGUCCCAGAGGGGACAGUGCACAUCCAAAUGGGGGUCACGGGGAUGUUGCCUUCCAGUCUCUGUGUCACACUACGCCCACUGAAGAGGCAGUUUACUGUUUCUAUGAGAAUGAUUCCGAUGAUGCUCCCGAGGCCCCAGCCCGGAAGGCACCAGCAGGAGCCCGGGCUCCAAAGAAGGAGCAUCGGGCUGGCAAGAAAGAAACGGAGCCCAAGCCCAAAGUGGUGCCACCAUCCUCCGUGCAGCCCCGAGCGCCUGCCAAAUCCCAACACAAACUGAUUGCAGAUGAGACACCACCCUGCUACUCCUUAAGCUCUUCAGUGAGUUCGCUCAGUGACCUGGACCUUUCAGAGAGGGAUGGUGGGCAGCCACAUGGCAAAGGGGGCCUGCCCCACCUUCAGACCCGAAAGCCUGUACAUACCAAGCCCCCACUACCAGCUCCUGGUCGGGACAAUUCUCCCAGCUCCCCGAGUCUCAACUCAGAUGAAGAUCUGCUACAAAGGUGUAUUGGCUCAGCCAUGCCAAAGAGACAGCGCCACACAGCCCGGCACCGAAAGACCGAGCGAAAGCCCAAGCAACCGGUCCCCCAGGCAGCGGGCAGCAAGGAGCGAAAGGCUGAGUUACGGAAGGAGCUAGGCGAGGAGGUGAGCUCAGACCGCGCCUCAGACCUGGACAGUGUGGAGUGGCAAGCUAUUCAAGAUGGUGCCAAUUCCAUUGUGACAUGGUUGCACCAGGCAGCAGCAGCCGCAACAUCCUUCUCCAGGGAGCCCUCAUCUGAAUCUGACUCUAUCCUCUCCUUUGUGUCUGGUCUGUCAGUGGGGUCCACCCUGCAGCUUACCCUUGGAAGGGAAGAGCAGAAGCGAAGGGGGAAGGAAACUGGAGGAGAGGUGGAAAAGAAGGAACAAAAUAAGACUGCUGAUGAGUGCAAGAAAGGAGGGGAGACCCGGACCCUCAACCGCCGCAUGUUGCGGGGCCCAGAAAAGCCAGCCAGUGCCCAGAAACCCGUGUCCAAUCUUCCAGCAGUGUUCCGGGGUCGAACAGUCAUCUACAUGCCCACCCUGGCCAAGGGGACCCCCAAGCCUCGAUCCCCUCCAAAGAAAACUGUGCCCAAGACUGAGCCCCCCACCAAACCCCUCACUCUCAGUCAGCAGAGGUCCCGGAGCCUCCACCGGCCAGGGAAAAUGUCAGAGAUGGCUGAAUUGAUGCUACCCAAGAGGAGUGCCACACCCCCUGCCCGGAUGGCUAAGACCCCAUCCUCUGGCUCUUCCCAAACCUCCACCCCAUCCCAGCCACCAUCCAAGAAGUCCCCGCCCUCUUCCCAGAUAAGCAAGCCAGUGCCAGCAACUGGGAGUAAAGUGGGCACCAACAGCCCUCAGGCCAGGGCUCCGGUGAAGGCUCUAAUCUCCAGACAGCACAAAACCCAGAAAUCUCCUGUCCGGAUUCCAUUCAUGCAGAAGCCAGUGAGGAAGACGUUCCCAGUGAGGAACAACCAGCCUGUCCCCGAGGAGCAGGGUGCUGGAAGAAAGGCAGGUGGAAGGCUCAAUCUGGUUCGUGUGGCCUCAACCCGGUCCAGUGGCAGUGAGUCUGACCGCUCUGGCUUCCUGCGACAGCUGACCUUCAUCAAGGAGUCUUCCAACCUCCUCCUGCGACACCGCUCUGAGGCCACAGCUCCCCUUCCCCAGAACAACUCGCCACGCCGAAGUCGGACCAGCGUCCCUGCUGUCUUCCUCUGUUCUUCUCGUUGUGAAGAGCUCAAAGCGGCCAAAGCCGGGCCCCAGCCUAGUCCCAGAGCCUCACCAGGGGAGCGCCUACCACACCGGACCAGCUCAGAGAGUCCUUCCCGCUUACCUGUCAAGAUAGCUACUCCCCCACCUGAACCAUUCAAACGCUAUUCCUCAUCCCCCCACAUCAACGUUGUCAAGAGGUCUGGCAGUCCAGCCCCAACCCUUCCACAAGGGGCUGAGGCUGGGGGUGGGCGGCGGAGGAGUGAUGGAGAGGCCAAGCCUCUCCCUCAGGUCACCGCCAAGGGUACAUGGCGGAGGAUUCGGGACGAAGACAUACCCCACAUCCUGAAGAGCACGCUCCCCUCCACCGCCCUGCCUCUUGUUGGCACGGUCCAAGAAGAAAGUCCAGGUCCCCAAAGGAAGACCAGUGAUGCUGUGGUCCAGACAGAAGACUUCUCAGCCUCUAAAACCAACUCCAGCACCUCACCAACCCUGGAGAACCGGGAGCCACCCAAGCAUGCAGGUAGUGUCCCAGUCAGCGGCGUGCAGGCCCCCUUCAUUGGCAGUGACGUGGAUGGGCUGAGCUCCAAGGUGACUGCUGCCAUCUCCUUCGCCCACGAGGGGCUGAUGGCCCCAGCUGGAGGCUUCCCCUCCAGCCGCCACAGCUCCCCCAGCCGGGCUGCCCGAGUUACCCCCUUCAAUUACAUCCCCAGUCCCAUGGUGGUGCCAGCUAUGACCGACAAAGCCGUGGAGAAAGCUAUCAGCCUCCAGGUCCUAGCCUGCUUAGGCCUCCCUACACUAAGACCCUCAUGGCAGCAAGCUGCACUCUUGUGGAAGAUGCCCGUGUACAAAGAACUAGUUCAAGAAGCUGCUUUCUUAUUUCAUACUCAGCCAAGUGAUCUGGGCAGGCUGCUUCCCCAACCUGUGAAAUGGGGAGAACCUCCACCAGAUCUACCUCCCAAGGGAGAGCUGCACCGAAGCCAGUCAGGACACAGCCCCUACCUUCCCAGCCUCAGGGGCUUGGUGACCAACCUGAAAGUCCAGGCACUCAUGGAAACCAUCAGGGGCGAAUCCGGACAAUUCAAGCUGUCUUGGGAGUGUGCUGAUACGGAAGCGCAGGCACUGCUCCCUCAUUGGGGUCAGAGGAACAGUUUCCUAGUCUCUGUGUUCGAUCUACACUUUAUGUGCCCUACAGAGGCAGGUGCCCAAAACAGGGCUGAAGCUUUGAGAACAUCUGCACAGCCAGGCCUCCCCAAGCUAGCUGCCUGCCCCACCCAGCCCCAGGACUUUGCCAACCGCAGUGACAGGCUCAGUUGCCUCCCCUCCUUCGCCCUCAUCCUUUCACACCACAUCAGCUUUGUUCACAGCAUCCUCCAGCCAGGAUGCUCUCUGUACCACUCAGCUGUUAACCUGGUUCGCUCCUUUAUGCUCUCAGUCAUGUACGUACCACCCCAGUUCUUCACCACAGACCCUAGUUCUGUUCUCAUCCAGUUUGUGUGA